AUGGGGCGACUGGUCCAAUCGGUUGGAUCGACUCAAAACCAUCAGCUGCGUGACUGGCUUGCGAAGCUUAAGGAUGUUUUUUAUGGUGCUGAGGACGUUUUAGAUGAAUUCGACUUUCAAGCUUCCAGGAGAUCACAACAGGGGAGCUCAACAUUAAAGGUAUGUCAAAGCUUUUUAAGCUGUAAUCCUGUUAAAAUUGGUCACAAGAUCAAGGAGAUUAGAGAAAGGUUAGAUGCGAUCGCAGCUGAUAGGCAAUAUAUUCCUUUUCCUCUUAUUGAGAGUCAUGUUGACGUGAGGCAUGUAAUUCCCAAGGAGAGGGAGACUGAUUCCUUCUUCCAAGCUUCUGAUGUCAUUGGAAGAGAGAAGGAUAAAGAAAACAUCAUAACCUUUUUGACACAACCAGGCGAUGAUAAUGUCUCCGUCAUUCCUAUAGUUGGGAUUCGGGGUUUGGGUAAAACCACUCUUUCUAAAAUGGUUUACAAUGAUGAGAGGGUCUACAGGCAUUUUGACUUAAAGAUGUGGGUAUGUGUUUCCGACGACUUUGAUGUUGUUAGGUUGAUUAAAGAAAUUAUUUAUUCUGCAACACAUGAGGAUUGUGCUAAGUUAAAAGCCGAUGAAAUACCCAGGCGUUUGCAAGCAAUUUUGGCUGGUGAAAAUUUUUUGCUUGUCUUGGAUGAUGUUUGGAAUGAGAAGCCAAUGAAAUGGACGGAAUUGAAAGACUUACUGGUGAAUGGUGUCAAUGGAAAUAAAAUUAUUGUGAGUACACGCAAUAAAACUGUUGCCGAGAUAAUGGGCACCGUUUCCCCACAUUUCAUACAAUUACAAGGUCUUUCACCUGAGGAUUCUUUAUUGUUGUUUAAAAAGUGCGCAUUUAAAGAUGGAAAAGGAGAAGAUUUUCCAAACCUCAAUAAAAUCGCCGAGGACAUUGUGGGAAAAUGUAAAGGAAUUCCGUUAGCUUUGAGAACUUUAGGGAGCUUACUUUUUGCAAACACAUAUGAAGAUGAGUGGUUUAAAAUGCAUGAUCUUAUGCAUGAUCUUGCAAUGUCAGUGGCAAAAAUUGACUGUGCUGUUAUAAAAUCCAGAAACCAAAUAGUUGAUGAGAGCGUUCGACACUUUUCAAUUAUUGUCUCUGAUUUCAACCAUCAGAAAGCUCCAGAAGUUCUAGAUAAUAGAUCAAAGAUGGUUCGGUCCGUUAUUCUUGAAGGAUUUGAUGUAUCAUUUAUCAAUACAUGCAUACCCAAAUUCAAGCACAUCCGACUGCUAUACAUAAACAGAACAGCUAUUGAAGUCUUGCCAAAGUCUGUUGGUACAUUGAUACAUUUGAGAUACCUUGACUUAUCACAUAAUUAUUUUUUGAAGAAACUUCCUGAAUCUAUUUGUCAGCUUCAGAAGUUGGAGACAUUCAGACUUCUUGCUUGUCUUCGGCUUAAGAAGUUGCCUAGGAAUAUACGAAGGAUGAGCUCCCUUAGGUAUGUGGAAAUAAGAACAGAAGAGCGUAUCAAGUACCUUAAGAGAUUAGAGAAGGUACUGAUUGAUGGCUGUAUAAAGCUUAACUUGAAGAUGGAAUUUCAAGGAGAAGAUAAAGACAACCUUUGCUUGGGAGUUCGGCAAUUUAUAAUUCGCAAUUUGCCAUCGUUAGUGGAUUUGCCUCAGCUUAUUCUUCAAGGAUCGGCAAACACCUUACAGUGCAUAAUGAUUAAAAAUUGUUUCAAUUUAGUAGAACUACCGGAGUGGCUGCAAAAUCUCACAUCACUUCAAACACUGGAGAUUUUAGAUUGCCCGAGAUUAUCAUGUCUUCCAGAAGGGAUGCAACGCCUUACUGUCCUCAGACAAUUGAAGAUUCAAGGCUGUCCUGCUCUGAGUGAAAGCUGCAGACGCAAUCAGUCGAAGAUUGCUCAUGUCCAAGAGGUUCAUCUUGAUGAAUAA